GGCUAGCCAACUGAGGAAGCUGAUCCGGAAGUAUGAGAUCCUCAGCGAAAGCACCGGUUUGAUUUUCUUCAACAUGUCGGAGAUAAGGGAAGCCACUGGGAAUUUCUCAGAGUCGAAUCUUAUUGGGGAGGGGCGCUUCGGUAUGGUGUACAGAGGAACUCUGGCAGACGGAAGGCGAAUAGCUGUGAAGAGAUCUAAGGACUUGAAGCAGAGAGCGGAAGAGGAAUUUAGCCACGAGAUCCAAGUCAUCAGCAACACCAAGCACCGGAACUUGCUCCCUCUCAAAGGUUACAGCGUGGGGGUCAUCGGCCAAGUGCCGGACCAGGUUCUGGUCUACGACUUCAUCGAGAACGGGAGCCUGGCGGAUUAUUUCUUCAGCUCCACGCGUCCGUGCCUGACAUGGCCGCAACGGUUCAAGAUCUUGGUGGGAAUAGCGAGGGGUCUGGCGUACCUGCACGAAGACGCGAAGCCGGCGAUUCUUCACAGGGACGUGAAGGCGGCGAACGUUCUGCUGGACGAGGAGCUCAGCCCUCUCGUGGCGGAUUUCGGGAUGGCGAAAUUCAAGACGGCAGGCAAGACGCACUACACCACGCGCACCGUGGGCACGAUGGGCUACGUGGCUCCCGAGUAGGCGCUCUACGGUUACCUUAACGACAAGAGCGACGUCUUCAGCUUUGGCAUCAUUAUGCUCGAGCUCUUGACUGGCCGCAGGGCUUUCGACUCGCGCACUGAUCGUCUUGAGCACGUCCUCGUUUCCGACUGGGUGGUGGACAUGAGUCAGAUUGGGAAAUCUGAAGAAAUAAUAGAUGAGAGGAUUAGGCAUUCCGGUAACAGGCAAAGUAUGGAGAAGGUGUUGUUGCUGGCGCUGCAGUGCGCCCACCCGAGAGUUGGGCGCAGGCCUUCCAUCGGAGAGGUGUUGUUGAUUCUGGAAGGCAUGGAGAGCCCUUCGUCAAACAUGAUUUGUACACUGCAGAGCAUGGAGGUGGACCUGGAAUCCUCCUUGAAUAACAGAGGCGACUUUACGUGGCUUAUAUCUUCCCACACUGCAGACGGGGCCGUCCAAUUAGCUAAUUUUUAG